AUGGAGCUCAGUCCUGGGUCAUUGGAGAUAUUUGUGUGUAUUGUGCUGACCUCCAGCUGUGUGGUUGGAAAUAUAUUGUUGAUUACCUGCACAUGGAUGUGCAUCAACGAGCAUUUGAGAACCUCAUUCACACUUAUUUUCAGCCUUGCAAUUGUCCAUCUUGUAAACAGCUUAGUGGUGAACGUCUUGAAGAUUGUUUAUGCCUUUGGUGUUUGGUUGGAUUCAGCCGGCUGCAAAGUUCUCAUGUUCACAACAACUUUUACUACUACUCUCAGCAUAUGGUUCACGUUAUAUCUUGCUUUACUCUACUGCUUUAAAUUGUGUCGAGUGGUGCACCCUCCAGCUGAAGCUGCAAGCAGAAACCUUCGGAAAUGUCACUUGGUCCUAGUUUUUGCUCUCUGGUUUGCGGCUUUUGCAAUUUGCUCCCCGCUUUUACUAUAUACAGGAAAGACUGGAAAGCUGAAUAUAGAAAAUGAAACUUACCAGCAGUUUAGCAGUUUAAUCUAUGCUGAAUGCAAGACUGAAUACAAAAAUGACAAGAUAGAGGUUUACUAUGGAAAAAUAUUUCUAGUAGCUAUUGAUCUUCUCCCACUGCUAAUUAUGCUCCUUGUUGCUUUCCGAAUAGCACACCUCGUCUGGGAACAUAAGAAAGCAACAUAUGGUGGCAUAUGGAUGGGGAAUGAUGCUUCUGAAACAGAAGUCCUCAGAGCAUGUAAACAUGUCCUAUUAUUAAUAUUGCUUAUUACUUCACUCUGGAUUUCUUACUUUACUCUGAUUUACUGCCUGAAGAAUUUUAAAACUUAUUACUUUGCACCAUCAGUCCUGACAGUUCUGUCUUCAGGAUACUCGGCUGUGAGCCCUUAUCUUCUUACAUUGAUUAACUACAAAGUACAAAUGAGGUGUUUCUGUUGUAAGGGUGAGAAGACACCAGUUCACCUAUCAACUGUUUCUCCUUAUGUUUCUCCAUAUGCUUAG